CUCUUGAUGAUAUCACAAUGGGUAUGCAGACCAAAAGAAAAAUAAAAGUCACCUGACAGUGUGGUGCCCAAUCAACGAGCUAUACCAAUUUUGAAGAAUUUUUAAGAACUUAGCCACCUGAACAGAUUUCUUCUACAAUGCAAAUUGGUGACAGUGGCAACAACAGCUGGUGACUAAAGUUGAGUAUGUAUGGGACCCAUGACCAUACCAAAUGAGGACAACGGUCACAGCAGGUCAUGAAAAUAUGGAAACAAGAUGGUUUUUGUCGAAGAUUCAGGAUGACUUUAGAGGCGGAAAAAUUAACGUAGAAAAAACUCACAAAUUGCUUGAAAAAUUAGAUAUCCAAUGCAAUUAUGUUCAUGUGAAACACAUUUUUCAGGAUAAUGACAGGCUGAAGCAAGGAAGGAUCACCAUAGAAGAAUUUAGAGCAAUUUAUCGGACUAUUGCGCACAGAGAAGAAAUUCUUGAAAUUUUCAACACAUAUUCUGAAAACCGAAAAAUUCUCUUUGAAAACAAUCUGGUUCAGUUUCUGGUACAAGAACAAUAUGUCUUUGAUAUGAGUAAAUCUAUUGCUUAUGAGAUCAUUGAAAAAUAUGAGCCCAUUGAAGAAGUUAAACAAGUACACCAGAUGUCAUUUGAAGGUUUUACAAGAUACAUGGGUUCUUCUGAUUGUCUACUGUUUAAGCCAGAGUAUAGAAAAGUUUAUCAAGAUAUGACUCAACCAUUAAGUGAUUAUUUUAUUUCAACUUCACAUAAUACAUAUUUGGUAUCUGACCAACUAGUGGGACCAAGUGACCUUUGGGGAUAUGUAAGUGCCCUUGUAAAAGGUUGCCGCUGUCUGGAAAUUGACUGCUGGGAUGGAUCACAAGAUGAGCCUGUUGUGUACCAUGGUUAUACACUCACCAGCAAGCUGCUUUUUAAAACUGUUAUCCAGUCAAUACAGAAAUAUGCAUUUGUGACAUCUGACUACCCAGUGGUCCUCUCCUUAGAGAAUCACUGCUCCCCUCACCAGCAAGAAGUGAUGGCAGACAUCCUGCAGAGCACUCUGGGGGACUCCCUGUUGUCUGAUAUGCUGGAUGAUUUUCCGGAUAGGCUGCCUUCUCCAGAGGCACUGAAAUUCAAAAUAUUAGUUAAAAACAAGAAAAUAGGAACGUUACAGGAAACCCGUGAAAGGAAAGGCACCGAUAAACGUGGUAAGGUUGAAGAGUGGGAAGAAGAGGAGCUGGAUCAAGAAGAGGAGGAGGAAUCCAAGGACUCGGAGACACAGUACGUGACGGUGUCAAAAUACACCCAGGAAAAGGACUCGGAGGGGAAAAUAUUACUUGGAGUAACUCUUUUCAAGAAAAAGAAGACCAGGAAGAUAAAAGUAGCUCUGGCCUUAUCUGAUCUUGUCAUUUAUACUAAGUCUGAGAAGUUCAGAAACUUUCAACAUUCAAAGCUGUAUCAACAGUUUAAUGAAAACAAUUCUAUUGGGGAGACUCGUGCUCGAAAACUCUCUAAAUUGAAAGUCAGUGAGUUUAUUUGUCACACCAGGAAGUUCAUUACCAGAAUAUAUCCCAAAGCAAUGAGAGCGGACUCUUCUAAUUUUAAUCCUCAAGAAUUUUGGAAUGUAGGUUGUCAAAUGGUGGCCUUGAAUUUUCAGACUCCUGGUUUACCUAUGGACCUGCAAAAUGGGAGGUUUUCGGAUAAUGGUUGUUCUGGAUAUGUUCUGAAACCCCAGUUCCUGAGAGAUAUUAACACACAGUUUAACCCCCACAAAAUAAAUGAAUCUGCUCCAAUUACACUUACAAUAAGGAUCAUCAGUGGGAUCCAGUUGCCUCUGAGCAGCUCCUCCACUAACAAGGCCGAUGCCUUGGUGAUUCUAGAAGUGUUUGGUGUUCCAAAUGAUCAGGCGAAACAGCAGACUCGUGUCAUUAAAAAAAAUGCUUUUAGUCCAAGAUGGAAUGAAACAUUCACAUUCAUUAUCCAAGUGCCAGAACUGGCCAUGGUACGUUUUGUGGUUGAAAGUCAAGGUUUAAUAUCAGCAAAUGAAUUUCUCGGGCAGUAUACUAUACCAGUGCUGUGCAUGAACAAAGGUUACCGUCGGGUUCCUUUGUUUUCCAAGAUGGGUGAGAGUCUUGAGCCUGCUUCACUGUUUGUGUAUGUUUGGUAUGUCAGAUAGCAAGUGACAAUAUCUGGUACAUUGUCGCUGACGCAUCAAAAUAAAACAGUGAAAACGAA